AUGUCCAGCGACAGCCACUCCAACGUGAUAGCCACCGCAGCCUUCGACAGUCUCGGUGACGAGAAGCCCCCAAAGAAGAACGACAUGUUCCUUGACCGCGUGUCCGAAACCGUUGACGCGCUGGAGCAGACCACCCGCUUCAAGACUAUGCUGGCAUCUGUGUCUUACGUCGUGGCCUUCGAGAACUUGAGAUACCCAAGUGGAAUCCCGAUUACAAGCAUAAUUCCAAAUAGGUGA